AUGCCACCGCUCCUCUUCGUCCUCGUCCUCCUCUUCCUCACGCCCGCCUCCACGCUGGACUUCCGGUACCAUAGCAACCAGGAGAUGGAGCAGUACCUGCUGCAGGUCAACGCCUCCAACCCCGACAUCGCUCACCUGUACAGCAUCGGCCAGUCCGUCUUAGGUCGGGAGCUGUGGGUGUUGGCUCUCGGCGUUCGUCCUCGCAGUCACACUGUCGGCAUCCCGGAGUUCAAAUAUGUGGCCAACAUGCAUGGAAACGAGGUUCUUGGUCGGGAGCUGAUGCUGCAGCUGGUCGACGAUCUGGUCCGCGGCUACAGGAACAACGAGACGUGGUCGCUGCAGAUCCUGAACAGCAGCCGCGUCCACGUCCUGCCCACCAUGAACCCCGACGGCUUCAACGUGGCCGACACACACUGUCAGUUCAGCCAGGGCAGGUUGAACCACAACAACAUCGAUCUGAACAGGAACUUUCCCGACGCCUUCGCCGGUCUACGAAAGCAGCAGCAGCUCAACGAGGACAAGCGGGAAGCCGAGGUGAGGGCCGUGAUGGGCUGGCUGAGGACCGAGACCUUCGUUCUGUCGGCGAACCUCCACGGAGGAGCUCUGGUGGCCAGCUAUCCAUACGACAACGGAGGCAGCGAGCUGGUGGGCGGAGCCAGCGUCUCCCCCGACGACGACGUGUUCAUCCACCUGGCCAAGGUGUACUCCCACAACCACGCCUCCAUGCACCGCGGCGACGUCUGCCACGACAGCCGGCCCUUCCUGGACGGCAUCACCAACGGAUACCAGUGGUACCCUCUGUCAGGUGGGAUGCAGGACUACAACUACGUCUGGGCUCAGUGUCUUGAACUGACUCUGGAGGUUUCCUGCUGUAAGUUUCCUCCUGCAGCUCAACUUCCUGCUCUGUGGACGGACAACAGGAAGUCUCUGCUGGCCUUCAUGAAGCAGGUCCACCUGGGAGUCAAAGGCCGGGUCUUCGAUGGUUCUGGGGUUCCGGUGCAGAACGCUGUGGUGGAGGUCAAAGGUCGCAGGAACUUGUGUCCGUUCAGAACCGACCGACACGGAGAAUAUUACCGACUGCUGCUGCCGGGAAACUACAGCUUCACAGUGACGUAUCCGGGUCACGAGGUUCUGACGGCGACCCUCGACGUCCCGUACGGCCCCGAUCAGUUCUCCGCCAUGAAGCACGACUUCCUGUUGCGACGCAUCGCCACGACGACGGACCAGACCCCGACGAACGCCACGCCGACCUGCAACCACACCUUGCAGCAGGUGGGCGGAGCCGCCGCCGCGCCCACGUGGAGCGGGUCGGCGGUGGGGCUGAGCCUGGUGGCGGUCCUAAGAUCGCUCAUCGACUGAAGGUUCGGUCAGCGGGAGGUCGCGGGUUCGAUUCCAGCAGCAACACCCGACAUCAAGACGAACAGAAACACGGCGUCCGCCAGACAUUCCCAAAGGGGCGGCUGGGAGUCGAGUCCGGUCCGGUUUGGCCAAAAACCUGAUCUGGUGGAAGAAAGACGAACCACAGCAGAGAACGAAGUGCUGGUCACAGCUGAAAGAGGCGCAGCGAGGUUCUUUGUAUGUUCUCAAAAAAACAAAACCUGGAAGUCACUGACUGCUAGCAAGCUAACAGGCUAACAGGCUAACAGGCUUUUAUGACUUGUUGCAACAGGAAAAGCACGGCGUGGAACUAAUACCAUAUUUUUUAAAAACACUUUAUGCUAAGACGUUUUUACGACAGUUUCUAAUACAUACAAUACUAUGAUGUUUUUUUAGACAUUUUCGAAAAUACGCAAGACUUUUUUAGCGACAUUUUUUCAGACAUGCUACACUACAACGUUUUAUUUGCUUUUCUGAAGACGUACUACACGA